GCGGGUGUCAGGCGGCGCCGCUCAGGACCUCAGACACUCGGCGGCCACCACACUAGUCGCUCGCGUCCGUCGUCCCGUCCUGUGGUCUUGGCGCGCGCUUGCUUGCCCUCACCCUCUCGCGGGGACACACUUACCAGACGCGCACGAACACACCGGCGCGCACCUUGCUCCUCCCUCGCGUUGCAUGUGCCAGUGUUGCAUCCCUAGUGCCACAUGACGCUCUCGUAAGGCAGCGCACGAUGCUAGUGACGGUGGGGGUGCUCUUGGUGGCCGCGGCUCAGGCCAUCCCCAAGGUUGAUGGAUACUCAGGAUACGACCUCGCCCGCCGCCCGCCUCCUGGGGGACCAAACGUGUGUGGAGACAGCGUCCGCUCCUGCUGUCCCGGCUGGUCCCAGAAGACCACGAACCUCAUGUGCAUCAUUCCUAUCUGCAUAAGGGACUGCGGACUUGGAGGACGGUGCGUGCGUCCCAAUCUUUGCAUCUGCGCCUCCGGCGACAUCUCACGUGUGUGUAACGGCAGCGGAAGGAACGGAAAGAACGGGAGGCACCAUGGACGCAACGGUAUAGGCAGGCAUGGAGGCAGAGGCAGCAUCGACGGUGUGAAUGUUGGAGUAAGCAUUGGGAAUGGAAGAAAUGGAGGAGGAACAGGAACGCCACCUGGGUAUCUCGGUGAAAGGAGACGAAAUGGUGGACCGGGAUCCAGAGGUGGACCAAGAACCGGCGGUCAACCGAUUAACGGUAUUACCGGACCAACAAUUUCUAUACCGGGUUUACCGGGAGUUAGGCCAGUAAUUGGUGGGCCAGUAGUUGGACCAGCAAUUGGUGGACCAGGAGUUGGUGGGCCAGGAGCUGGACCAGGAAUUAAUGGGCAGGGAUUUGGACCUGGAAUUCGUGGGCCAGGAGUUGUACCAGGAAUUGGAGGGCCAGGAGUUGUACCAGGAAUUGGUGGACCAGGAAUUGGUGGGCCAGGAGUUGUUGGACCAGGAAUUGGUGGGCCAGGAGUUGGUGGACCAGGAACUGGAACAGGAGUUGGGCCAGGAAUUGGUGGACCAGGAAUUAGCAGACCAGGAAUUGGUGGGCCAGGAGUUGGACCAGGAAUUAAUGGGCCAGGAAUUAGUGGACCAGGAGUUGGUGGACCAGGAGUUGGUGGACCAGAAGUUGGACCCGCCUAUAGGCCAACAUCUGUCAACGGACCAGGCGUUGGACCAGGAGGUGUUACAAUAGAAGAUACCUUUAGACCAGGAGGCGUCAACGGAGCACCAGGAGGCAACGGAGGGCGAGGCGGCAGCUUCAGUGGUGGAGUGGUGUACUCUGGAGGAAGAGACCGGCAAGGUGUGUGUCGUGAGCCCUGUCUGAAUGGUGGCCGCUGUGUGGGGCCCGACCGUUGUGCGUGUGUCUAUGGCUUCACAGGCAGGCGGUGUGAGGCAGACUACAGGACAGGGCCUUGCUUCACAAAGGUGCAACAUGACAUGUGCCAAGGACAGCUGCCUGGGGUGGUGUGCACCAAGCAACUGUGCUGUGCCACCAUUGGUAAGGCUUGGGGCCACCCCUGUGAACACUGUCCUUCAAGACUUGACUGUAAUAAAGGAUACCUCAAGAACAUUCACAGUGGACAAUGUGUAGACAUUGACGAAUGUGAGGCAAUCCCUGGCCUUUGUGAGGGAGGUGUAUGUGUCAACAACAUUGGCUCCUUCAAGUGUCAGUGUCCUGAGGGCCAGAUACAAAAUCCCCAGACCAAUGCCUGUGAGGAUCAUGAUGAGUGUACUGAGGAAAACACUUGCCUCAAUGGUCGCUGUGUCAAUACUGAUGGCAGUUUCUACUGCAGCUGCAGUACAGGAUUCAUUCCCAGCCAGGACCGCAAGGCCUGCAUAGAUGCCCGGCAGGGGAAUUGUUAUACUGAGCUGCAAGGGAGUGGACGCUGCAGUAAACCACUACCCAUCCCCCUCACUCAGCAGGCCUGCUGUUGCCAGAACAUGGGCAAGGCUUGGGGAGAGGGACGCAAUGAUUGUGUGCCUUGUCCUAUGGUUGGUGAAGAGAGGUAUGAGAAACUGUGUGAGCAGGCAGACUACCAGCAUCCACCCAUGGACCAGUGCAUCCUCAAGCCCACACUGUGUGGGGAAGGUGGACGCUGCAUUGACACAGUUGAUGGCUACACCUGCGAGUGUUAUAGUGGCUUCUUCCUCAACACAGUGACCAGUAUAUGUGAAGAUAGGGAUGAGUGCCGAGAGGGUGCCUGCCAAGGGGGUCAGUGCUACAACACACAGGGAAGCUUCAUCUGUCGCUGUCCAGUUGGCUUUGACAUUUCCUCGGACGGUCUCUCCUGUAUUGAUCAUGAUGAGUGUAGCGAGACAGGGAUGUGUGCCAAUGGGAUCUGUACAAACAUGGACGGCUCCUUCAAGUGUGUGUGCAAUGACGGCUAUGUUCUCUCCUCAUCAGGAUUUGCUUGCAUAGACAUCAAUGAAUGUGAAGAAAACAGACGCAUUUGUUUGUUUGGGCGCUGUGAGAAUCUGGAAGGGAGCUACCGGUGUGUGUGUGAUAGUGGUUACACACACUCUGCUGACGGAAGCUUCUGUACUGACGUGGAUGAGUGUGGUGAAACAGGGAUGUGUGAACAUGGCAGCUGCCUCAAUGUGGAUGGCUCCUUCAAGUGUGUGUGUCAGCCGGGUUAUACUCUCUCUCCCUUGGGCAAGACCUGCGUUGACCUCAAUGAAUGUGAAUCUGGACCGUGCAAGAAUGGGCGCUGCAUCAACACUGAUGGGAGCUUUAGGUGCGAGUGUCCGCCAGGCUUCACCUUGGGAGUCAAUGGCUUGAUUUGCUUAGACACAAAGUUAGAUUUUUGCUAUGCUGUUUACCGAGAUGGGAAGUGUUCCAAUCCCUCCACCACCCCUACCACCAAAUCUGCCUGCUGUUGCUGCACUGUGAUCCUUGGCCAACCCAUGGGCUGGGGGACACCAUGCCAGUCUUGUCCUCAGCCAGGGACACAAGAAUUCCUGUCCCUGUGUCCUCACGGCUCGGGCAUCACACAUGAGGGUCACGACAUCAAUGAGUGUGCUCUGAGUCUGCCCAUCUGCCGCAAUGGAGCAUGUGAGAACCUUGAGGGAGGCUACCGGUGUAUAUGCAAUCCUGGGUACACAGUGGAUGAGAGUGGCCACCAGUGCCAUGAUAUCAACGAAUGUGCCAUUGACAACCUCCUCUGUGAUGGAGGACAGUGCCGGAACACACCAGGCAGCUACCAAUGCAUCUGUCCAUCAGGCACUCAGUUCAACCAAGGAACCAGAGUUUGUGCAGACAUUGAUGAGUGCAAGGAGUACGGGGAGGAGGCGUGUGUUGGUGGCACCUGUGUCAAUGUGAUUGGCUCUUACAAAUGUGAAUGUGAAGAGGGAACCAUACUGGACUCCACUGGAAGAUAUUGCAUUGAUAACAGGAGAGGGUCUUGCUGGACUAAAGUUAAAGAUGGUCGGUGUGAAAACAACAUUCCCAAACUGACCCUCAAGGCAGAGUGUUGCUGCACCAUUGGCAAGGCUUGGGGUUCACCCUGCGAGAUCUGCAAGCCUGAGGACUGUGACUGUAGCAUCGGUAUGGCAAAGAUGGAUGGGAAGACCUGCCAAGACAUCAACGAGUGUCAGCUCAAUCCCGGCAUCUGCCAAGGUGGUGGAGAGUGUGUCAACACCGAUGGUUCCUUCACCUGCAUCUGUCCACCAGGCCUCACUCUUGACAGCACCAAGACCAAGUGCCUGGACCUGCGGGAGGAAACUUGCUACCUUGAGUACAGGAGUGGGCUGUGCAGCAAACCUUUGGAGGGACUGUUCAAGAAAUCUGCCUGCUGCUGCACAGUGGGGCGAGCCUGGGGUGAGGGAUGUGAGGGCUGCCCACGCCCUGGCACUGGGGCUUUUGAUGAGCUGUGCCCCAAGAGUUAUGGCUAUGAGGGAAGGAAAGAUGUCAAUGAGUGCGUCACCUUCUCAGACAUGUGUGAAAAUGGCCGCUGCAGAAACUCCAUUGGUUCCUUCUCUUGUCGCUGCAACCAAGGAUAUGCUCUGGAUGAGGAUGGCGUCAAGUGCUUGGAUAUUGAUGAGUGCGGCAUCAUGCAUGGUGUGUGUGGCAAUGGCACUUGCCAGAACACUGCUGGGUCCUUUAUGUGUGACUGUGACACAGGCUUUGAAUCAACCAUGAUGAUGCAAGUGUGCAUGGAUAUCAAUGAGUGUGAGAGGACACCUGGCCUGUGUCGCGGGGGACGCUGCACCAACACUCCUGGCAGCUUCAGAUGUGAGUGUCCGCCAGGCCACGAGUUAUCUUCAGACCACCGCUCCUGCAAGGACAUUGAUGAGUGUUCUCGUACUUCAGGAAUCUGCUCCAAUGGUGUGUGUGAGAAUAUGAUGGGCACUUACCAGUGUAUGUGCAAUGAUGGCUACCAGCAGACUGGCCAGAAAUCUCACUGUGAAGACAUUGACGAGUGCAGCCUGAAUAAUGGUGGCUGUGAUGACGUUUGCACCAACACCCCGGGACUCUUCUCCUGUUCAUGCUCCACCGGCUACAUGCUGCUGAUGGAUGGCCGCUCCUGUGCUGAUGUGGAUGAGUGUAAAGAAAACCCAGCCAUCUGUUCUGGAGGACAGUGCACCAACUCUCCUGGCUCCUAUCUGUGCACCUGUGAGGGAGGCCUCCUGCCGGACUCUGAUGGCCCAGGCUGCCUUGACGUGGAUGAGUGUGACAUGAACCCCAACCUGUGUCAGAAUGGCAAGUGUGCAAAUGUUGUUGGUUCAUUUGCCUGCCAGUGUGAGGAUGGCUAUAGUGUCAAGUCUGAGUUUGGCCCAGGAUGUACUGAUGAUGAUGAAUGUGCCUUGGGAACUUUCCUCUGUGAUCCAAAUGCUGAAUGUAACAACAUUGAUGGCACAUAUGAGUGUCAGUGCAGGGAUGGAUUCACAGGAAAUGGAAAAACUUGCCGGGAUGUCAAUGAAUGCCUGACCAACAAUGGAGGCUGCCACCGUGAUGCUCAGUGCAUUAACACUGACGGUUCCUUCAAGUGUGUGUGUGAUGCUGGGUUCAGAGGUGACGGCUUGUUCUGUGAGGACAUAGAUGAAUGUACACAAGAUCCAACCCUGUGUGAGAAUGGCCAGUGUCUCAACUACCCAGGAUCAUUCAGCUGUGACUGUGAGAUGGGCUUCAUGCAUCCUGACCCCCACAAUGAGCCACACAAUGAGCAGGAGUGUGUUGAUAUAGAUGAGUGCAACAUGUUCAGUAACUUGUGUGUAUAUGGCCAGUGUGAGAACAUCUUUGGUAUGUUCCGUUGCAUCUGUGACAAGGGCUACCAUCUUGACGAAACGGGAGGCAACUGCACCGACAUUGAUGAGUGUGACAACCCCGACGUGUGCCAGUAUGGAACAUGCAUCAACAUGCAGGGAACCUAUGAGUGCGAGUGUCCUCCAAACUAUGAGCUGAUCAGCACAGGUGAUGGCUGUGUGGAUCGACGGGAGGGAGAAUGUUUCCUGGAUGUUGUCAGUGUGAGGAACAAGUAUGGCAUCUGUCGAGAUCCUCUGGGAGAUCCCGUGACACAGUCCACCUGCUGUUGCUCCAUUGGUAAAGCUUGGGGUCCGCGCUGUGAGGUGUGUCCAUCAGAAGAUUCGGAGGAAUAUGAACAGCUGUGUCCCGGCGGCAAGGGAUUCCGUCCAAACACUAUUACUGUGAUUUUAGAAGACAUUGAUGAGUGCAAGGAGAUGGCAAACUUGUGUGAGAAUGGACGAUGCUCCAACACGUUUGGGUCCUUCAUGUGUUCCUGUGAUAGAGGCUACAGACUCAAUGCUGCUGGUUCUCUUUGUGUAGAUAUUGAUGAGUGUGCAGACAGUACCAAGUGCAAGAAUGGCUACUGCAUCAACACUGAAGGCAGCUUCCAGUGUGAAUGUCCUGAAGGUUACACAUUGCUUCCCAAUCGGGCUGAGUGCAUCGACAUGAGAGUGGAGAGCUGCUUCAUGAAGUAUGAGGAUGGAGAGUGCACUAUGCCUAUGCUGUCAUCCAUUACUAAGAUGAAGUGUUGCUGCUCCAUGGGUGCUGCCUGGGGCUUCAACUGUGAGCCGUGCCCUGCAAGAAACACCUUGGCCUACAGUGAGCUGUGCUACACUGGCAGUGUUAGCCGCCCUGUGGGGCCCUUCACCCCCGACGGCCGCCCCAUCGGCCCUGAUGGUAGGCCUAUUGGCCCUGAUGGUCGCCCCAUUGGACCUGACGGCAGGCCUAUUGGCCCUGACGGUCGUCCCAUCGGACCUGAUGGUAGACCUAUUGGCCCUGAUGGUAGGCCUAUUGGCCCUGAUGGCUUCCCCAUUGGACCUGACGGCCGACCCAUUGGCCCUGAUGGUCGCCCAAUCGGACCUGAUGGUCGCCCCAUUGGCCCUGAUGGCAGACCUGAUGGUAGGCCUAUUGGGCCUGAUGGUCGCCCUAUUGACCCUGAUGGUCGCCCAAUUGGACCUGAUGGUCGCCCCAUUGGCCCUGACGGCAGACCUAUUGGCCCCGAUGGUAGGCCUAUUGAUCCUGACGGCAGACCUAUUGGCCCUGAUGGCAGACCUAUAGGUCCAGAUGGUAGACCUAUUGGUCCUGAUGGUAGGCCUAUUGACCCUGAUGGUAGGCCUAUUGGUCCAGAUGGUAGGCCCAUCGGCCCUGAUGGCAGACCUAUUGGUCCUGAUGGUAGGCCUAUUGGUCCUGAUGGUAGGCCUAUUGGUCCCGAUGGUAGACCCAUUGGUCCCGAUGGUAGGCCCAUUGGUCCUGAUGGUAGGCCUAUUGGUCCUGAUGGCAGGCCUAUUGGUCCUAUUGGUCCCGACGGUAGACCUAUCGGCCCUGAUGGCAGACCUAUUGGUCCUGAUGGCAGGCCCAUUGGUCCAGAUGGUAGGCCUAUUGGCCCUGAUGGUAGGCCCAUCGGUCCAAAUGGUAGGCCCAUCGGCCCUGAAGACCAUUUGCCGCUGGGACCCUAUCAGCCCAGCUUCCCUAGUGGUGGGGUGGACCCUGGCACUGUGUACAAUCCCAUCACUGGUUUGCCUGAAGAUCUAGAUGAGUGUGAGCUCAUGAGCCACAUGAUGUGCAAAAAUGGACGCUGCAUAAACACCAGGGGCUCCUUCCGCUGCGAGUGUAACCCAGGCUUCCGCUAUGACGAGCCCAGCCACAUGUGUGUAGACACUAAUGAGUGUGAUGAACAAGCCCCCUGCCAAGGCCUUGCCAAAUGCGAGAAUACCGUGGGAAGUUACCGAUGCUCCUGUCCCACAGGAUACAAAAUCAACAGGCAUACUAAUAAGUGUGUCGAUAUCAAUGAGUGUGAGCAACAAGGUGUGUGCCAGCGAGGAGUUUGCAACAACUUCCAAGGAAGCUUCCAGUGCAUCUGUGACCCAGGUUAUGUGUUGACUGCCGAGCGUUCCUCCUGUAUUGAUCUGGAUGAGUGUGUUCGUUCACCCAACAUCUGCAACAAUGGAACUUGUAUCAACUCCAUGGGUUCUUACCAAUGCCAGUGCUACAGAGGAUUCAAGAUUGGUCCAAACCGUGAUUGUAUUGAUGUGAAUGAGUGUCUUAUUAAUGUGGGUCUGUGUGUCAAUGGUCGGUGCCGCAACACUGAGGGAUCCUUUGUAUGUGAGUGUGCUGAUGGUUACACCCUCACGCCUGAUGGAGAGCACUGCAGAGAUAUCAAUGAGUGCUCAGAGCGAGAUGAUGUGUGUCCUGCACCCGGUCGCUGUCAGAACUUGAUGGGAUCCUUCAUUUGUGACUGUCCUGAGGGCUUCACUUUGUCCAGAGAUGGAAUGUCUUGCAUAGACGUGGAUGAGUGCCGCACUGUGAAGGACAUCUGUGAGAAUGGUGACUGUAUCAACAAGCAGGGCUCCUUCCAAUGUGUCUGUCCUCCUGGCUUUGAAAUCAGCCCGGAUGGAACCAAGUGUGUUGACUAUCGCCAGGAAGAAUGUUAUGAGACUUACGAGAGAGGUAUCUGCCUCAAUCCUCGGCCAGUGAGGAUCCUGAAGAAGGAAUGCUGCUGCUCCUCAGGUGCUGCUUGGGGCAUAAACUGUGACCGCUGUCCUCCCAUCAGUUCCCCUGAGUUCGAGAAGCUGUGUCCUCUUGGCCCGGGACGAUCAGAAUCAGGAGCUGAUCUUAAUGAAUGUGAAAUCAUGCCGGGAACAUGUGAGGGUGGAGAUUGCAUCAACACAGACGGUUCCUUCCGCUGCGAGUGUCCCAUGGGUUACAUUCUUGACAGCUCUGGGCGUCGCUGCAUUGAUGAAAAUGAAUGUGCUGUGCCCAAUAUUUGUGGUAAUGGAACAUGUAGCAAUGUUGAGGGAGGCUUCGACUGCUCCUGCCAGGAGGGAUUUGCUCCUGGACCAAUGCAGACUUGUGAAGAUGUUGAUGAGUGUGAGGAGCUGGGCCACCAAUGUGCCUUCAGGUGUCACAACAUGGCUGGGACCUUCCGCUGCAUCUGUCCUUACGGCUACACACUUGCUCCUAACGGCCGCCACUGCCAGGAUGUGGAUGAGUGUGCCACACCAGCCAACAAUUGCAGGUUCCUUUGUAAGAACCUCAUUGGUACCUUCAUGUGUAUCUGCCCUGAUGGCUACCAGCAGGUAGGCAUGACGGACGACUGCAAGGACAUCAACGAGUGUGCCUUGAAUCCCAACAUCUGCAAAAGUGGCCGAUGCAUCAACACUAAGGGCUCCUACCGCUGUGACUGCUAUGAUGGCUUUGUGUCCAGCAGGGACGGCAAGCAAUGCAUUGACCAAAGGGAGGGAUACUGCUUCAGGCAGCUUGUUGGUGGGAUGUGCUCCACCACUGGCGACAGUCUUGUCAAGGUGACCAAAGCUGACUGUUGCUGCACCAUGGGCCUAGCCUGGGGCCCCAUGUGUGAACACUGCCCACGCCGUGGCACCCCAGAGUAUGAUGAGAUCUGCAUGGAGGCUGGCUUCUCUGUUGAUGGCCUGGACAUUGAUGAGUGCCAGAUGCCUAAUCUUUGUCGCAACGGUAAAUGUAUCAACACCAUGGGAUCUUACCGAUGCAUCUGCGACAAAGGGUACCAGCCAGACCACUCUGGAACACGUUGUAUUGACGUCAAUGAGUGUGAGGGCACACCAUCGCCCUGCAAGUUCACAUGCCAAAACACAGAGGGGUCAUACCGCUGUGCCUGCCCUCGUGGCUACACACUCAAUCCUGAUGGAAUCACCUGUCGGGACCUGGACGAGUGCACUACAGGACAGCACACUUGUGAAAAUGAGUGUGUCAACACUCAAGGAUCAUACAAGUGUACUUGUGCCCAAGGAUUCAAUGAAGUUGGUGAACAGUGUAUUGAUAUCAAUGAGUGCCUGGAGCAGACUGGUCUGUGUGGUCCCCUGGGAACUUGCCUAAACACCCGGGGAAGCUUCAAAUGCAUCUGUCCUCGAGGCUUCAAGCUGGAUCCAUCUGGGACUAUGUGCAUAGACUCUGAUGACUGCCUGGAUGGUUCUUGUGAUGGAGGAUGUGAGGGAUUGCUGUGUGGUUGCCCAGAUGGUUACCGCCGCCAUCCCUUCUAUAACCAGUGUGUGGAUGAUGACGAGUGUAGUCAGGGAGGCUUGUGUGGCUCAGCUGAUUGUCAAAAUACUCUUGGUUCCUUCAAGUGUGGCUGCCCUAAUGGAUACUCCUUCAACUUUGGCCUCUUAGUCUGCAUUCAGGUUGAUGACAACUGCAUCUCAAGCCCCUGUGCCUAUGGUUGUAAUUCUCUUGGAGAUGACAGCAUAGCGUGUGGCUGUCCCUCAGGCUUCUCCAGGAUUGGCUCAGGUCACUGCAUGUCCACCCUCAAUCCUCCUGUCGGUGGCUACCAGAACGGCCAGUUCGGAGGCGGGGGACUGUAUGGCAUCGGCGGUGGUGAAGGUGGUAGUGGUGGUGUGGAUGGUCCCUUCCCCAAUGGUGUUCUGCCACCAGGAUUUACUGGCAGUGUUGGAGGAAUAGUGGGAGGAUAUGAUGGUGUCAGUGGAGGAGGUACAGGAGGCUAUGGUGGUGGUGGUGGUAGUCCAGGUGGGUUUGGUGGUGGUGGUGGUGGUCCAGGUGGGUUUGGUGGUGGUGGUGGUCCAGGUGGAUUUGGCGGUGGUGGUGGUGGUCCAGGUGGAUUUGGCGGUGGUGGUGGUGGUGGUCCUGGUGGAUUCAAUGGUGGUGUUGGAGGAGGAAUUCCAGGAGUGUAUAGUGGUGGCACAGGAGGUUAUGGUGGAGGUGGAUCAGUGCCAGGAGGAUUUGGUGGUGGUGGUGGUGGUGGAUCAGGGCCAGGAGGAUAUGGUGGUGUUGGUGGUGGUGGUGGUGUUGGUGGUGGUGGAGGCAUAGGUGGUUAUGGUGGUGGUGGUGGCGGUCCAGGAGGUUAUGGUGGUGGUGGUAGUGGUGGAUUCACAACUGGUGGAGUGCAGGGAGGCUAUAUUGGUGGUGCAGGGCCAGGGCAGGGUGGCAAUGGAGGCAGAGGUGGUGGGCAGGGUGGGUUUGUCGGUGGUGUUAAUGGCGGUGGAGUAGGAGGUGGACAAGGUGGAUUUAACAGAGGUGGUGGUGGAGGAGGAGGUGGUCAAUAUGGUGGUGGUGGAGGUGGAAGUGUUGGUGGCAGUGCAGGAGGAGUGUAUAGGGAAGGUUAUGGUUAUGGCUACACCUCCUCACAAUAUGACCUAGGAGGAGUACCCACAUUCCCCAUUGGACAACAAGAUCCUCAUGGCAAUAAUGAAAAUAUCAUCUCAACUGAGGGAUGUUUCUCCUGUAAGUUCAAUGGGCAGAAUGCUCCAUCGGGUAGGAAGAAACGCUCAGUCAUGUCAGAGGUGAUCAGUCCAAUAAUGCUUGCUCCAGUGUCAGCCAACCUCACUGACAACGAAGUGGUCCUGGUACAUGCAUACAACCACACACACAGAGUGGUGAGGAGAAGUUUGGAGACUGAACUAAAACGACAAGAAAGCAUAGCCCAGAGGUCAUCCAAGAAUCCAAUAGUUCUGAAGGUCUCCCUUGACCAGACCAGGCGCAGAACCAGAUUAAUCAAGCUGAAGCCAGCAAUCACCUACCUUCAAAAUAAUGUAAAAUAUGAAAUUGUACAAGGAAAUGAUGAUGGCAUUUUUGAGAUGCGGUCACACCACCACGGUACUGCCUCACUCCACUUCAAACACCACCUCCACCAGCCAGCCGCAUACGACAUAGAAAUUGUGGGUCGUCCUCUUGAUUACUCUAAUAUAAAUGAUGGGGCACACAGCGACCUAGACAUGAACCUUAGGAUUAUUGUGACACACUAAUAAGAAGACAAAAAUUAUUAGAAGUGUCUAUUUUCUUGCCUAAACAUGCCACUGGCAAUGGCAACAAGAGCAAAUUAGCUUGACAGAAACCUUGAGUGUGAAUGUGUGUGUAUGCAUGAGAGUGUGUUUCAGGAAGUGCAUGUGUGUGAGGCAGUGGCAUAUAAUGUUUAAAUACUUCCAUAUCUCCAAGUGUCCCAUAGUUUUCUAUAAUUUAUUUAACAUGUACUGAGCUGAUGGAACAGAAGUCAGCCCUCCACAAAGUAGGUGAUAAUUCCUGAUCAGCAUUCAGUACACAACCAUUGCCUGACAUUAAUAGAGCUUCUCAACUUGAAUGGAAUGCAAGUUUUUGCGCUUGAUUUGAUAUUCUCAAUAGGGAUGUAUGUAACAUUCCCAUCAUUUGGUAUGUUUUUUUGGGAAUUGAUAUACAUAAAAACAUUUUAAGUAUCUGACCACAAUCUGAAAAUUUCUCACAGGACAUUGUUGAAUGACGUGACAACUGGAGUCCAUCAUAAUUCUUUUUUGUCUAGUAGUAUGUACAUUGACGUGUACUUAGUAGAUAUUAGAAAGUUCCUUCCUGUCAGUUGGUGACAUUUGUGAUGAGCAAAGCUGGGAAAUAAUGAUGCAGUUUGGUAAAGUAUUAAGGACUCUUGAUGUGGUGAUAUUUAUGAAGGUGCUAAUUCUACUUGGCUUUGCUUGAACUCGUAUGUACUGUAUGUAACUUAGGGACCAAUAGUUUUAAAAAACAAAUCACUGAGGGAACGUGCCGAAGUUACUUUCAUCAUAAGUCACCAUGCAUUGCUUUAAAGUCAUGCCCACACUGCAUUGCUCUCUCAUGAGAGCUUGUACUGAAGAGUUACAGUGAAAACAAUCUAUCAAGAACCUUUCCAUAUCUGCUCAGUGAUAAGCUACCAUUUCCCAUCGCACUCACAUCAGAUUUGGCCUUCAAACUUCGUCUUUUCAAUGUGUCAGCCUCAAAACAAUCAAACCAUUACUCACAAUUACUCAGAGGUAUGAAGUGUAUAACUUCAAGGUUUUCAUGCAAGGUCCUCUUCCUAGUUACUUAUUUUAUCAGAUUCACAUGCCUCCUAAAUGUAUGUAAGUCCAUAAUUGACUGAGCCCUGUGGUCCUGAUUGAAGGGGUGUGAUGUGUGGUGGGCAUGGUGCUCUGUGGUGUCUGUCUACAGAACAAGCAUGAAUGCCUCUCUGGUGCACAGUCUUGAACAUGACUGCAGUGUUAGAUAUAUUACAUUACACAGAUGAUUUGAUGAUUAAGUACUGACCUAUCUGAUUUCAUGACUUCUACAACUUGGUUACAAACUGUAAAUUUCAUGAAUGGUAAAAUGGCUAUCUUGUUGUUAAAAAUGUUAUUGCAUUAAUAGUCAUGCCUCUGAAAUUUUAUCAACAUUAGCAAACUUGCAGUUAUAAUUUCAAUUCAAGUAGCCUGAUAUUGUCACUGCCCCACAUGAUGAUACAGUGAAAAAUUUAUUGGCCAUUUAUAAGUUGAACACACAGAGCAUUACCAUUAAGACUGUGCAGUGACCAGAGGGACAUCAACCUUGUUCCUUCUCACUGCCAAAGGACACCAGAAACAAUAAAAAAAAAAAACUCACCUAGGUUUAAGUGACUCUGUAGUGGAGGUUAUCGGGGGAGAAAUCACCAUAAAUAUGUUUUGUACAUGGUCUAGUGCAGCGUUUCUUAACCUUUGCCCACCCUAGCACUCCCUAGAAGCAAAUAGAGAUAGUGCACCAUCUUUCACAUAACAUAAACUAAAAUAGAUAGAAGUAUAUAGAUGGGAUAAAAAACUUUAAUUUGAAAUGGAUUAAUGCUGUUACUGUCCAUGCCCUCUGGUGAUCCAACCUCACAAUAUUAAGACCUCAAAACUGCAGUUAGGUCACACUAAACAUAUACCAGCAAGGUAACAAAACUUUAUUAUGAAGCACAGAGCCACAGAUGUACAACAACUGUGUAUAAGUGUGGUAUGAGAUGUUGUUUGUUUGAAGGACUUUAUAUUUGUACUGUAACAAGAGAACAUUUCCUGCACUGUCAGAAAAUGUUGAAGGUACAACUGUACAGCACCAAAACAAGAGAUGGAAAACCUUUAUACUACUCAGAUGCUUAUUUCCAACAGUCAGCCAGCUCUUUAGCAAUUAACUUCUUCCAGGUUCCACAUUCAAGUUGCAGAUGGCCAGAACAUGUACCCAGGUUAAGAAACGCUGGUCUAGGUCUAGUGCUUUAGCUCUUGCAGGGCUUUGACACUCUAGCUCUCUUAAGAUGCAGAAAGGAGAAGACAUAUUGUGCUCUUUUACCUCUCUCUGAUAAAGAUUCCGCUAGAUUCACCACUCUCAUGAUAUUCUCGUAGAUCCUCCUACACUCCUAAAUAUUCCCUUAAAUCCACUCACUCAAGGUAUGCCCCCUAGAUUCACCUCCUCUCAAGAGUUGAUUCAGCCACCUGGUGAGGGCAUGACUGGUGGCUGCAGGGUGGCUGGAUCUAGCUCUUGUUGACAGAACUGUACAAGAAACAUGAAAAGAAGGGUUUGCUGUGGUGCCAGAUUUGUAAGCCUUUUCUGGUAUAAAUAUACUUUGGGUUCUUCUGUAUGGUAGUGAGAACCCUGCCUUCUUCCCUACAUUCUGCAGGCUCUCUCUUCUCAAACAGAUCACACAUUCCAAUAUGUAAUAAUUACAUUGUUAAUGAUGUCAGACAAGCUUGGAGUUAAGCUGUGUUUAUAAUGCACUUCAUAAGAUUUUGUUGAACAAACCCUUCACUGUGAAAACUUUGCAUUGACUUGCCAAACAAGAUAUGAACCUAAGUCAAGCAUGAAAAGUGUAUAACUAUAUUGCAUUAUAAUUUUGCCAUGUCUGAGUAAACAGGAGUUGAACACAAGUUUAUGGGUAUGGAAUCAAAGCUUUAAUUCAACAUGACAUCAUAAGUGGCAAAAAGUAACCUAAUUUGUAUAAACUGUUAGCAAUUAGUGCCAACUUUCAAUUUCAUAAGAAUGGCUUUAUGUGUGAAUUUUCUUUUUAUUUAUUUUUUUCUCUGUAUUAGAGGUUAAGUGGAGUUAAUUAUAGACUAUUUAUAAUGACUACUACAACCACAGAUUCUUCUAAUCAUUAAUGCGCUAUUCAGCAUCUCAAAUUAUUUAUCUUGAGCAACAGAUGCCUUAAUAAACACUGCCUUAGAGUUACUCUCACGUUGCCUUCAUGUUGUAACCUUCCUGAGUGAUACCUACUUAGCCUACAUUGUGUUCACGUGUUACUGGAAAUCAUGUGCAUUUUAUUUCCAGGUAUUUUUAGUACCUCUGAUCCUCCUCCUAUUUUACUUUCACCAUUCUACUCAUAGUCUUCCACUCCAGUCAACGGUUCCUUAGACAAUAGUGAUGUCACGACUGCUGAUCCCCCCACACCCCCAAAAAAACAACUGCUUGUAAAAAUUUUUUCUUAAUAAAUAUCUUGUAAGACU